UACUUUAUUGUAAAUCCAAACCUAUUCUCUAGACAGCCUAAAAAUGCCAACUGAACAAGCACAAAAUUCAGAAGCUUCCAGGAGAAGGAGAAAACGAUUUAUUUUUGGUAUAUUUGUUUUGCUUUUAGUGGAUAUUAUCUGGGUAGGAUCUGCUGAAGUCAGUGAAGAAAUAUUUCAUGAAUGUGAAUUUAACAAGCCAUUUUUUACUACAUACUUUAAGACUUCAAUGUUUGCAGUAUAUUUGUUUGGUUUUUUGUUUAUGAAAAGAUGGCAUUACCAAUGUAGACAUUCUUUUACAAAUUCCAAAACGUCAAAGCGUAUUUUGCAAGAAGUGGAACGUGUAUCACGACGUGAAAACGAGAGAAUUGCUGGCAGCAUGCUAUCAGCAUCUGAAAACGCUUCAAGAUGUUCAAGCCCUGGAAACUUUACACCUCCAAGGUAUGAGAACAUGACAGAUGAUGAUAUAAGCCUUACAGAAUCAGAAGAUGUGCAAGAUCGCAAAGUAAGUUUCAAUCAUGUACGAGAGGUUAGAUCACUUGCGGAUAAGCAUCUUGAAGCACAAGUGUUAGCUCGCAUGUCACAGAACUCUAUUGAUGAACUCCGAUUGCUUCUAACAGUGGUUACUAAAAAACUAAGUCUUCUGGACACCAUGAAGUUAUCCAUCAUGUUUGUUGUGUUAUGGACCUUUGCAACGUUAAUGUAUCAAGAAGCACUGGCACACACUUCUGCUGCUGUAACAAACAUUCUCUCAUCUACAUCUGGCAUUUUUACCUUGCUUCUAGCUGCAGUAUUUCCAUGUUCAACUACAGAUAAAUUUUCAGUUUCUAAACUGCUUGCUGUCUUGUUGAGUUUUUCUGGUAUUGUUUUAGUUUGUUGGGCAGACCCAAGUCGAAGUGAAACAAAGUUAAAUUUGGGGGAGAUCUAUGCACUGCUUGGGGCUUUUUUAUAUGCUUGCUAUUUAGUCAUGCUGAGACGAAAAGUGGGUGAUGAAGACAAACUUGAUAUUCCAUUGUUUUUUGGAUUUGUUGGGCUUUUUGGUGCCCUUUUGUUUUGGCCAGGAUUUUUUAUUCUUCAUUAUGCAGAGCAAGAGGUAUUUGAAUUACCACAUACUAGGAAAACAUGGGGGUACCUAGUUUUAAAUGCUGUAGUGGGCACAGUGUUGUCUGAACUAUUGUGGCUUUGGGGAUGCUUUUUGACAAGCUCCUUAAUGGCAACACUGUCUCUUGGUCUUGUGAUACCAUUGACAAUGGCAUGGGACAUGACAAUCAACAAAAUGAAAUUUUCUUGGUUGUUUAUCGUUGGUGUUAUUCCUGUGUUUGUGGCAUUUGUUGCAGUUAGUGUGUUGACUCAUUUUGGAGAAUGGGAUCCAGUAAAAGACCUUUUUUCAAAACUGUUUUGUUAUACGAAACGCAGCAACGCAGGUGAAGAAAGCAAAUCUCUUCUGCAAGAUUCCAGUUCUGAAAGAAAAAUAACUGAACAGCAUCCAGUGAAUUAAGCAUUGGAUUGAUUUCUUUUGUAAAAAUUUUAUACUCUUGUCUUUUUUAGAUACAGAGCUUUAAGAAUUUUUAAUUUUUAUCAAAGAAUUUUUGCACCAUUUGAUUUGAUGUAAUUUUUUGUAUUCUUUUUUUAAAGGUUUCUUGUAAACUAGUACUGAAAUAACAUCAAUUCUUUUGAAUUUAUUUUUAGCUUUUUUGAAGAUCAUGUAAAGAGUAUUUUUUUUCAUGGAAAUUUGCUCUUAUGACAAAGUUUAUUGCUUGAAGUAACAUACUGAUUGAAAGUAUAUCAUUGGAAGUUUGUGAUAUUAUAAUAUUGAUGAUUUAGGCUGUUACAUCUUGUUCAUUUUAUUAUAGUAAAUUUAUUAUCAAUCAUCCUAAAUGCUUCAUUAAGUGCCCAGCAAGUUUAUUUAGAAGCUACAUCAAUGUUUAUAGUCAGGUAAACCUGAAGUAUUUUUUUCUUGCCUUUGAUCUUGCUCAAAAAGAAAUUUGGGCGGGUCAUUGAAAAAAAAAAUUUUUUUGGUCAACCUAAGAACAAAGAACCAAAAAAUUAUUUUUAAUUGUGAGGGGUUGAGAUGUUAUUAAAAGUAAGCCCCUCCCAUCAAAUAUUUUAUGUUAUUAAUGCAACCAGCAAUAAAUAAAAGUGUCAUUGUCUUUUCCUUAUUUUCUUAAAAUCUUUUCUGUAAAAAUCUAGCUUGCCGGAAUGACAAGAAUUGUUAUGAGUUAGUUUGUUGUGCGACGAUGGCUUGCAUUUGAAACACAACAAGGAAAUGUAAAAGUAAAUAGUAAACUUUUGAAAUUUCAUUGACAAAACUGUUGUCAAUUUCCGUAAUUUAUUUAGUUUGUAGAAUAAAUUAAUAUUGUAAAUAUUGUUAUAAAUUUUGCUGAAUUAUUUUUUUCAAAAGUGGAUUUAUUGUGAUAUAAAUAUAAACUCAUUGUUUGGUUUA